AGGAAAAAAUUCGUGCUCUUUUGCGCUUCAAAAAUUCAGGGUCUUGGAUCUUUCCUUCAAUUCCACACUUUUGCAGUUUAGAACUUCACCCUGUUUGCUAGUUGCUACAACCCAUUUUCCCUCCUUCCAUUUCUGCUACGGAUAAGUUAAAUCCUUCAUAAUAAUUAGAUUUAUUGCAUUUUUUAUGCUAUUUUAGCUGCAACCUGGGCAUGGCUAUAGCAAGAUUUGGGCGCCAAGUGAGUCGCUCUUACCAAUCAUAUGGGCUCUAUGCAAAGCUGUCUGUAGUUGUAAUCAUGGGCUUGUGCUUCGUGUUCGUGUGGUCUGUUUUUUCCAGUUUUUCAGUGACCUCCCAAAGGAACACCUUUGAUGAUAUAGCUGAGAAAGUGCCAGCAUCAAAUACUAAGGUUAGCGGCUCUCAACUGCAUCCUAACCAGAAAGAUCGAGAAAAGGGUCAAGAAAGUGAUAAACAGAGAUUUAACUCUAAGUUAGAUGAAAAAGAAAAAGAAAUCAUUAAUGGGUCUUCUCCAUUGAACUCUGUGAAAACCCUAGAAAAGGGGAGUGAUGAAUCUGAGGGGAAAGUUAGUGGUGCGGAUUUGGAAAUGUCGAAAAAAGGGGGUGAAAUAGAUAAAAAUCAAGAAAAUAAAGGAUCUGAGGAGGGUGAAGGUGUUAAAGAGAAGGAAGAUGAUGAUGAAGGGGAUGAAAGAGAAGGCCAAAAUAUGGAUAAUGGUAAAGAUAAUAAUGGGGAAUUGGAUGCUGAUUGGGUUAAUAAGGAAGAUUUGGAUGAAAAUAUUGUUGAUGAGGAUAAAGGAAGCUCGAAAAGCACAAAGACAAAGAAGUUUGGCCCGUUAUUCGAGCCUAGAAAACAGUAUGCUUGGAAAUUAUGCAAUACGAGGAGCAAGCACAACUACAUUCCGUGCAUAGAUAUAGAAAGUUCUGCUGGGAGGUCACAGAGUUAUAGGCACCAUGAGAGGAGCUGUCCUAAAUCGGCUGUCGUUUGUCUCGUUCCUCUUCCUCGUGAUGGUUAUGAGACCCCAUUGAAAUGGCCCGAAAGCAAAUUUAAGAUAUUGUACAAAAACGUUGCCCAUCCGAAAUUAGCUGCAUUUGUUAAGACACAAGAUUGGUUGGUACAAUCUAAGGAGUAUAUUACUUUUCCCCACAAUCAGUCGGUACUCCAGGGUGGGGUUCAGCACUAUUUAGAAUCCAUAGAAGAAAUGGCGCCGGAUAUCGAGUGGGGAAAGAACAUACGUGUUGUUCUUGAUGUGGGAUGUAAAGACUCAAGCUUUGUGGCUACUCUACUCGAAAAGGAUGUUUUAACUCUCACGCUCGGCUUGAAAGAUGAUUUAGUGGACUUGGGACAAAUCGCCAUCGAGCGUGGCUUUCCUGUGGUGGUUAGCCCUUUUGCGAGCCGAAGGCUUCCAUUUCCAAGUGGAGUCUUUGAUGCUAUUCAUUGUGGUGGCUGCAGUGUCUCUUGGCACUCAAAUGGUCAAGUGUCCCUCUUUGUU